AUGGCUUUCAAUCCAACUCGAAACCAACGCCAAAAAGUCGAUUGUGAAGACAGCGACGAUCUGGACGAAGAAGACGAAGAAAAUUCGCCCGAGGAGCAGUUGCCCCCAUCCAGUAAUGUUUUACCAGCCGUCCAACAACUGGUCAACCGGAGAAACGCAUUAAUGGAAAAUCCAGCGAAUGUUCCUGAGCCAUUACCGUCUCCAUCUCUGUAUCCGCUUAAAUUGACGAAUCAAGACCCAGCUCCCCGGCAAAAUAUACAAACGCCACGAAGUGAAAACUUCGCACGAGGGGAGAGGGUACCUUGCGAUUUAGACGGGUUCAAGCUACCUUUAGCUUGGGAAUUGCCCAGGGUACCUUUACCUGCUCAUUUGGAGAUAGAUAUAAACAAUCUAGAAAAAGCCAAAGCAAUACCCAAGUUUUCAGGUGACAUAAGAGACUAUAUGAACUGGCGAACAGCUUUCUUGGAAACAGUUCACUUUAAGGUAAGAGAAACCGCAUCGCGAAAAAUUGUAGCCUUAUACAAUGCUCUGCCUGAAGACGUAGUCUUGAAGAUCUCCCGUGGAUUGACUCAUGCUGCCACUGGGUAUGUAUCUCGUAUAAAAAACCUAGAGGAAGAGUAUGGAGAUGAGGAGUUGCUGUACAAUGUGGUAUGGAACAACCUAAACAGCGCCCCAUAUAUUGGCAAUUUAAAACAAACGACGAAUAUUGAGACAUUCAUAAGGUUGUUUGACGAAUUUGCCAACCAUGCUAUACUACUAGGGAUUCCACACGACGAUCGAUUGGUAUUCAGCAUCAUAAUUUCAAAAUUUGAUGAAGAUAUCGUGUUGGGAUUCAAAGAGAAUGCUAAUCUCACAGGUAAGGCUUCAAAUGCAACCAACUUCAGAGAUUGGCUGAACAAAGCACGUAGAGACAUAUUAUCCGUGCGUACGUCCAAGAUGAAAUCCUGGGCAAGAGGAGAAUCCGGAUCUGCAAAAAGGUACGAAAGGUCGUCGAAUGCUGUAAAAGGUAAACCUUCGUUUGGAAAACUUUUUGUCUCGGAUAACUCUUCCGAAGAAUGUCCUGUAUGUUCCAAGGCUGGACACUUGGCUGAAACAUGCAAAAUAUUUUUAAAGGGAUUAAUAAAAGAUCGACUAAAAAUCGUUCGAGACAAGAAGCUGUGUUUCAUCUGUCUGAAAGUCGGUCAUAUGGCAUCUGAAUGCCCUAAUCCUAAAAAAUGUUAUUGUGGGAAGAACCAUCACGCUAGAUUGCAUCGCGAGAAAGAUGGUAAGGUACAAAACGUUAAAACCUUCCUACAAACGGAUGUCGAAGAAUUUGAGACCGAAGGCGAAGAUUCGGAAUCAGAGGUCGAAGUGGAGGAAACUCCACAAGAUUGA